AUGUUAAUGGCAAUGUCUUUCCAGAUCCUUGGAAAUAGUAGAGAAAAAAUAUUGCUUGAAUGUGGGAACAGGAACAAGAAUGCGGCUCUGUUCCGGACAGUGGCCAUGAUGGUGCCUGACUACGCCAUGAUUGCCGAGAUNGUGCUGUACUCUUGUGGCUUUGUCACUGCUCGGCCACUGUCCAUAAAGAUUGUGGCGACAUACCGCUUGUGCUCAGAGCAACUGUCCUCCCAGCAUCACUAUGACUAUGGGAUGCGAGCUGUGAAGUCUGUGCUCACAGCUGCUGGCAAUCUGAAGCUGAAAUAUCCAAAUGAAAAUGAGGAAAUUUUGCUACUUAGAUCUAUUAUUGAUGUAAAUCUGCCGAAGUUUUUAUCCCAUGAUUUGCCACUCUUUGAGGGAAUUACCUCAGAUUUGUUUCCUGGGGUGAAAUUACCAAAGCCAGAUUACAAUGAACUGCUGGCCGCCAUCAGAGAAAACUGCCACACCAUGAAUUUGCAAAUGACCGACUUCUUCUCUGAGAAGAUCCUUCAGAUCUAUGAGAUGAUGAUUGUGCGCCAUGGUUUCAUGAUUGUUGGAGAGCCUUUUGGAGGGAAGACCAGUGCAUAUCGUGUUCUAGCGGGAGCGUUAAAUGACAUUUGUGAAAAG